AUGCCAGCGGUGAUAGUUGUAAGCGGCAGGGAAUUUCAGGAGUUCGAAGGGAAGUUGACGUUCUAUGUGAUCCUAUGUGCAAUUAUUGCAGCCUUUGGAGGUUUAGUGUUCGGUUACGACAUUGGAAUUUCAGGUGGAGUAUCGUCUAUGGAUGAUUUCUUGGAAGAAUUCUUCCCAGCUGUAUAUCGUAGGAAAAAGAGCGUUCAAGAAAACAACUACUGCAAAUAUGAUGACCAGUACCUUCAGCUCUUCACGUCAUCCUUGUACCUUGCUGCCCUUGUAGCGAGCUUCAUUGCUUCCGAAGUGUGCACAAGAUAUGGACGGAGGCCCACCAUCAUGAUUGCGUCCUUGUUCGUUUUGAUAGGAGUCGUUCUGAAUGCAGCUGGUACAAAUAUCGCCAUGUUAAUUAUUGGAAGGAUUUCUCUCGGCUUCGGUGUUGGAUUUGCUAAUCAGGCAGUUCCUCUAUUCCUCUCAGAAAUUGCUCCCGCCAGAAUCCGUGGGGCGCUCAACAUCCUCUUCCAACUCUUGAUAACAAUCGGCAUCUUGAUUGCAAACCUGGUUAACUACUUCAUGUCGAAUGUCCACCCUUACGGAUGGAGAAUCUCGUUGGGCCUGACAGGUGUACCAGCUAUUAUUCUGUGCUUGGGUUCUUUGGUCAUAACAGAGACCCCCACCAGCCUCAUCGAGCGUGAGAGAUUCGAAGAGGGGAAAGAGACGCUAAAGAAGAUCAGAGGUACUGACAACGUUGAUGAUGAGUUUGAUCAGAUUCUAGCUGCUAGCGAUAUGGCCCGACAGGUCAAGAGUCCAUACAAGAAGCUCAUGAAGCGCUCUAGUCGGCCACCAUUGGUCAUUGCUAUACUCUUACAGAUCUUUCAACAGUUCACUGGAAUCAACGCUAUAAUGUUCUACGCACCCGUUCUCUUUCAGACGGUCGGAUUCAAGAACGACGCUUCAUUGCUCUCAUCGGUCAUCACAGGCCUUGUGAAUGUGUUAAGCACGAUGGUUUCCAUCUACUUGGUUGACAGGGCCGGCAGGAGGGUUCUGCUCCUUCAAGCAUCAGUUCAAAUGUUCAUUACACAGGCUAUAAUUGGGGCCAUUCUAACGAUGGACUUAUCGGCUACAGGCAGCCUUGGACGCACUGAAGCAGCCAUUGUAGUGGUACUAGUUUGCUUAUUCGUUAUGAGCUUUGCAUGGUCGUGGGGACCUUUGGGAUGGUUGAUUCCAAGCGAAACCUUCCCUCUGGAGACAAGAACAUCAGGAUUUGCCUUCGCUGUGAGCUCCAACAUGCUCUGUACCUUCAUCAUAGCACAGGCUUUCUUGUCCAUGUUGUGCACCAUGCAAGCUGGCAUCUUCUUCUUCUUUGCCGUGUGGAUACUGAUCAUGGGCUUAUUUGCCUUCUUCCUGUUGCCUGAGACAAAGAGCAUUCCUGUGGAUGAGAUGACCAAAAGAGUUUGGAAGCAACAUUGGUACUGGAGAAGGUACAUGGGUGAAGAUGAUCCAGAUGAAGAUGUUAGACAGCGGAAACUUGAAAUGGGGUCUUCUUAA